CCAACAGCAGAAUAGACAGUAUUUGAGACGCUCCACCACCACCCACCAUGUGUAGCUUAUCCUCUUGCCUUUCCCUAACCAAAAACCUUGCCCAUGCUUCUCUUUCCAGCGACAACAACGAUUCACCGCGGCCACCACCGCGGCCAUCUCUCCAAGCCAAUACCACCAAACCUCCUCUGCCCAGCAGAAACAAUACACCAACGAUUCUAAGAAAGAAGCAGCAAAACCAGCUACAAAGCAAGCCGAGGCAGCCUUCUGUCAUUGAAAUUGAACGAGCUAUUGGCGGCGGAAGGUUCCGCGAUGCAAACCCAAAGGACUUGGAAGAACAGAAGAAUGCGAAAUUCGACAUGUCUAUGAUGAACUUUCCUAGUAAGUUUGAAGGGCCGGUGGAGAAGAAGCUCCGCGAGACUGGAGAGUGGGUGACCGAUAAAACUGAAAAGAGUUUCCGUCUAAAUGGCAAAAACGUUCUCAAGUUUGUGUUCUUCUGGUUACUACCUAUCUGGAGUUUCUCACUCUUAGUGGCCGCUGGGGCCAUCAAGCUCAACUCUCCACUUCUUGAUGACCUCAUCAUGUAAACUUGUCAGUUAAAUUUUACUUCCAUGACAAUUCCUCCGACUCUGUAUUUUACAAUGCGAUAUUCUAAACAGUUUCAGUUUACGAAAAGAAA